UUGUCCUCUGUCUUUUUUAUUUUUUUUGAAAAGCCUAACGUUUUGUCUCUCAGUCUCUCCCUCUCCUUUGUGUAUCAUCGGCAUCCACUGCUCCUCUCUCCCUCUCCGACGGUCUGUCUGUCUCUCUCUCCGUCAGUCGACGUCGUUCUCCCCGCCGCUCUCCUUCCCUCCGGCCACGCACCGCCAGCCGCCGCCGCCGCUUAGGCAAAAUCCGCGCACAACAUCAGUCCGGCAGCUCGGUUUUUCCCCCUUUUUCGGCGUCCAUCUGUGUAACCUACGACCUAUUGGACCUUGAGUCGACUUACCGAUCGGUCUUCUUAAUUUUCGAGCAAUUUGUAACACUGUACAGAAAGGGAUUGAAUUCUCUUCGUAAAUUUUCAUGGUUUCAGCUUGAAAAGAUUCGUUGGUUCCAUUCGAGGUCGAAAGACGACUUCGAAUAAAAAAUUUCUUGAUAUAUAUUGAAUCAACAAUGGCCAACAACAACAAAGAAGAGCCGAAGACCGCGCCCCAGCCCGAUCGGUGGUAUAACCUAUCUCUUGGUCCUUCAUUCAAGGAUGAAUCCUCCAACAAAUUUUGCACUCUUCGAUAUGAAUUUAAACCCGCGUCGAUUGAUAAAACAAAGCCGGGAUCGCUGAAAAAGACCAAGGAAAAUAGGGUUACUGUUGAAUUUCAGAACAAUCAAUUUGGGAAGCCCAAUGUGGCUUUUGUUGGUAGUAGUGAGGAUUAUAAGGAGAAUGAUGCCGUUUUGUUUUUUGAUGGCGAGACAUUCCGGUUGGAGCGGCUGCACCGGGCGGUCAAGCAGCUUCGACACCUUCGACAGCCAGGCGAGUCUGCAGCUGCUGCUGCCGCUGCCCCUCCCACUACCACUGGUGUGGCUGCCCCCGCCACCACAUCCACCUCUGGUGUGGCUUCUGCCCUUCAUUCUUUGACACCACCGGAGCCUCGGUUAUCUCCUCCAGUGGCUAAAGUUGCCAAACCUAUGCAUAUGGGUCGAGGCAGUUUUCCAACUAUGCCGGUAGAGGUGGAAAGGAUAGAUAUUGGAGAGCCAGGAAAUACAGGUGCAAAAUCUGUUGUUGCUAGUAAAGGGCUUGCUGAUUACUCAUCAGAUCCACCAAAUGUAUCUGCUUCUUCUCCGGGCCUGAAGAAUGAUGAUGAGCAUCAAGAUAUAGAUAUUGAUGAUCUUUUUGGGUCUGUUUUGUCUGAUGAUGGAAAUAAUGCCGAAGAAGAAAGAGUUGAGACUGGAUUCGAUAUAAAUAUACCACAUCAGAACGAUACCGAUGAUGAGAUUGCUGAUGUGGAUGAUAGUGGUGACGAAGCGGAGAAGGGACCUAAUGCUGCAGAAGCCCUCAGAGCUCAGGUCAAUGCAGAGGGUAGGGAGGGACCUACUGCAGCAGCAGCCCUCAGAGCUCAGGUUGAUGCAGAAGGUAGAGACGACCAGAGCUCAAGUUCUAGUAGUAGCGGAUCGGGCAGUGGCAGCAGCAGUGGAAGUAGCAGUGGUAGCAGUGACAGUGAAGGUAGUGAUGAGGAUUCGGUUACUUCAAUCUGAUGGAAAUAAAGCUGAAGAGAUCUUGAGCUUUGAGAAGCCGUCUUAAUGGAAAUGAAACCGAUGAGCUCUUGAGCUUUGAGAAGCCAUCUUAACACUAUCAAGUAUCAGAGUUCAUACUUCAUUUUUUUUAAUGGGAGUUGAGUGUUUUUGUUUACAUAUAAAAAUUGUCGUGAAAAGAGGAACUGCAUGCCAAUUGGCUCGCUUUGGCACUAACAGUUGAUUUUAGUGAUAUGAAAAAACUCAGAAUAAUUUAAUUGUAACAUAAAUUUUCGAAUAUAGUGAUUUUAGUUCAUAUGUUUCUUUUCUACU